AUGAUGGGCCCCAACCCUGGCAACGGCGUGGGCGGUAUGGAAGCGGGCGUGGGAAGCCAUCCAAACGGGCCGAACCAGCCCCAGGCGACAGAGUAUACUCUGCAAGGUGUGAUGAGGUUUUUGCAGACGGAAUGGCAUCGGCACGAGCGGGAACGGAACUCGUGGGAAAUCGAGAAGCAGGAAAUGAGGGGAAGGAUAGCUCAUCUCGAAGGGCAGGCCCGGAGAGCGGAUGCCACUCAGAAAGCGCUCAAGAAGUACGUUGCAAUACUGGAGCGAAAAGUAAAGGACCAGGCGGGACAGCUCAAGGGGACCCCGGCCAAGGAGGACAAGGACGCGGCCAAGAACAAGCGUGCGGCCAAGAUUCAGGAGAAGCUUCAAUCCUCGCUCGGCGGCAAGCACCAUGUCCCGGGAGUCCAAGACAUCGAGAUGGAGAAACCUGACGACGACACGCAACGCAAUGAGCUCAAGACGUUUCUCGAUCAGUGCCAGUCGGAGUUCAUGUAUCUCAUGAUUACACCUGCCAACCCUCCACCACCUCGCGAUUCGCCCUUACUGCCGUUCAUGGAGGAUAUGCGCGAAGCCGAAGCGUUUGGGAUGCCCCCGUCGCAACAUCACCUGGAGCGACAGUACCCCGUUCAACGGCCGACGGCAAACCAUGUGCACGAUUUCAACGCCAUGGGCACCAGGCAGCCGCCUGCCCAAAAUGCCCCUCCGCAGAUGCAGCAAGCUCCAUCCAAUUUCGGGACCCGACAGAGCGACCUGCAGCCCCAGCCCAUGAUUCGGUCGGCCGGCGAUAACCAGCAGGCCAUGUAUGGCUCAUCCAGCGACUGCUGGUCCGCGCCGUCGGUAACCACACAUGCCAUCGACGACAACUCUUUGGCGGCCAGCCAGGCUGCGGAGGCUCUGGGCGGUAUGCGUGAUAACCCCGAGCCGAGAGAGAAGCCCGUCCCCGGCUCCGAUCCUGACGGUUGGGAGUUUCCGGAAGGCGCGUUCCCCGAACCGGGUGCCGCCCAGCAGACUUUCCAAUCUGCUAGCAACCGUCCCGAUACCGAUGCGUUCCCCAAUGCCGACUACCUGCCCAAGUCGCCCAGCAGGGUGCCCAGUGGCGCGCACCGGCGCAAGGGCUCCAUGUCGAGGAGACGCAGCAGUGAGCACGAGCCAAGUCUCGGCGCUGCUCAGAAAUCGGACAGCGGCAGCUUCAAGCUGAGGUUUGGCUUGCGGGGCCACUUGGAUACGGUCCGUACCGUCAUCUUCUCAGGCGGUGGGAGCCCGGGAGAGCCCGAAAUCUGCACCGCGGGGGACGACGGCAUGAUCAAACGAUUCCACAUCCCGAGACUCGACGGCCACGCCGGAUCCUUCGGCGGAGCCGCUUCUGACCUGGACGUCAUUGCCAACUUUACCCACCGAGGCCAUUCCGGGUCAGUCUUGAGCCUGACUUCCUGGUCGCCGGCGCCGAAUUUCUCUACCGGAGGGCGCGCUUUGGGCGACGGAUGGAUCCUUUCGGGCGGUCAAGAUGCGACCAUCCGUGUCUGGGAACGCGGGCGGGUCGAUCCCAAGGCCACGCUGGAGGGCCAUACAGACGCCGUGUGGGCUCUUUGCGUGCUGCCCGCGACUCUGGGUGCCAUCUUUGGGACGUCGAGCCGCUACGGCAGCGCAGAUCGCAUCCUCGUCGUGUCCGGGGCCGCAGACGGAACGGUUCGGCUCUGGUCCGUGAGCGCCCCGCCGCAGUUGAGCUCGCCGCAGCCAGGUUCGAACCGCAGCAUGACGGGACGCGGCGGUCGCGUCCGCGGCAACUCCAUGAGCUCUGGGAGCGGCUUCUCCACCUCACCCCAGGCCACUGUCGCGUCAAGCUCUCCCUUCCACCACACGCUGGUCCACGUCAUCUCGCGAGCAGAUGGCUCCAAGGCCAGCCCCACCAGCAUCGCUUCUCUGGGCACCUCGGGCGAGACCUUUGUGGUUUCCUACUCGGACGCCGCAGUCAUUGUCUACGACACCAAGGCAGGCGAACAGGUCGGCUCGAUGGACAGCAUGGAGACGUAUGACGGAUCGAUGAAGACGGGCGUGAACGCCAUUGUCGCAACGACGAGCGGCCUGGACCAGAGCAAUCAGCACCACGGCGGCAGCAUGGGAGGCGACGACGAGAAUGCCGGCGGCGGCGGUCCCACCGGCGGACGAUCCAUUGCAGACUCCGGCGUUGAGGGCACAAUCAUCUCGGGACACGAAGAUCGCUACGUCAGAUUCUUCGACGCCAACAGCGGCCAAUGCACGUACAACAUGCUGGCUCACCCGGACGCCAUCUCCAGCCUGUCGCUCAGCCCCGACGGCCGGGAGCUCGUGAGCGCCGGCCACGAUGCCUCGCUGCGAUUCUGGAGCCUGGAAAAGAGAUCGUGCACCCAGGAAAUCACAAGCCACCGCGUGAUGCGCGGCGAGGGCAUUUGCUCCUGCGUCUGGAGCCAGGACGGACGAUGGGUCGUCAGCGGCGGCGGCGACGGAGUGGUCAAGGUGUUUGCGCGGUGA